CCUAAGCUUUAGAGGCCCAGAGAUUUUGUGGAAAUCGAGCGCCAUCCGCCCUUCACUCCUUCUAGGUGUCUGGGUCUUGCCUGAAACUCUGAUGAAAAUGGGAGUGAAGAUCUGUGAGAAUUGUGAAGAAUGAUAGAUCUGAUAACUUCUCUGAUCUGAUAGGGUCUGCAGCGGGUCUUCGAAGAUUAAAGUCUUUCAGAGUAUUGGAAGCUGAAGGACUUGACUGCUUGAACUCUUGGAGUUUAUGAAGAAGUCGAUUUGGGUGGCCCCCAAAGAGGAAGGUUGUCUAGACAGAGCGUUAGAUGUUGACCAAAACUUGGUGCGUCAAACAUAAACCAUGGUAAAAAGUUCUUUCAAACAAAAUAAGUGCGAUCCUCAUGGUGUGACGAUUUUUUGGAGAAGAACUGCAUCUUUUGAGAUCGCCUGACACGCCCGGGAAGAUCCACAGAACUGCUGCAGGUGAGCGUCGCCGCGAAGAAAACGCAGCGCGGAACCUGGCCAUGUCGGAUGAUGAGGACUCCUCCUCCGAUGAGGAUGAGGAGAAGGCGCCCGGUGCGGCAGGAUAUCCGAUGAUGAUGUCGUAUGGAUACGCAUAUCCUUCGGCCUACUCCUACGCUGCCUACGCACAGGCUUAUCCCGGAUAUGCAGCGUCAUAUCCUGGCUACGGAACUGGUGACUAUUCUGCCUACAUGCAGCAGAUGUCAGCAGCAGGUUACACGCCUGGCUUUGCUGGAGCUGGAGCGAGUGGCACACCUAGCACACCAGGCAUUGCCACAGAUCCAAUGACAUCGUACUACGGUGCCGCUGGGUAUGGAGCGAGCUCCUCGAAUUAUGGCACGGUGAAGACCUUCUUGGCGGAGAAGGGCUUUGGCUUCAUUGAGUCUGCCGUGCCCUCUGAAGGCGACGUGUUCUUCUCCAAGACCGAGCUGUCACCGGAUUUGCAAGCGGCAGAAUCAAAUAAAGAGCUCAAGGGGAAACCCGUCCAGUUUGAAAUCACCAUUGGCAAGGAUGGUAGAUCUAGAGCUGCAAAUGUACAACUUUGCAGCUUAGAGUUGGUGGAGCGUGCAGCUGCCAAUGCUCCCAAGCCGAAGGGCACCCCUUCGAGUGGGACGGUCAAGUCCUUCAGCGAGCGGCAUGGCUACGGCUUCGUGGCAUUGGAGAACGAUGCGGGGGACGCCCAGUUCCGGGGCUCGGACUUGUCGCCGGAGCUGGCGGCGCUGGGCUCUGCUUUAGCAGGGCGCAUGGUGAAGUGCCAUAUACACGAGCUUGCGGACGGAAAGUACAAGGCCACUGAGAUCGUGCCAAUCCCUGGGCAGGCAGGCAAGGGCAAAAGCAGUGGCAAGGCCUGA